ACUUAACAAAAAGAGUAUGUAUUCCCGUGUGCCAGAGUGCCAGAUCACCACAUACUAUUAUGUUGGGUUUGCAUAUUUGAUGAUGUGUCGCUACCAGGAUGCCAUCCGGGUCUUUGCCAACAGCCUCCUCUACAUCCAGAGGACCAAGAGCAUGUUCCAGAGGACCACAUACAAGUAUGAGAUGAUUAACAAGCAGAAUGAGCAGAUGCAUGCACUGCUGGCCAUUGCCCUCACGGUGUACCCCAUGAGUAUCGAUGAGAGCAUUCACCUCCAGCUGCAGAAGAAAUACAGGGACAAGACGCUGCAUAUGCAGAAAGAUGACCCACAAGUCUAUGAAGAACUUUUCAGUUACUUCUGCCCCAAGUUCCUGUUGCCUGUAGUGCCCAACUAUGAUAAUGUGCACCCCAACUACCACAAAGAGCCCUUCCUGCAGCAGCUGAAGGUGUUUUCUGAUGAAGUACAGCAGCAGGCCCAGCUUUCAACCAUCCACAGCUUCCUCAAGCUCUACACCACCAUGCCUGUGGCCAAGCUGGCUGGCUUCCUGGACCUCACAGAGCAGGAGUUCAGGAUCCAGCUUCUUGUCUUCAAACACAAGAUGAAGAACCUGGUGUGGACCAGCGGCAUCUCAAUCCUGGAUGGUGAAUUUCAGUCAGCCUCAGAGGUUGACUUCUACAUUGAUAAGGACAUGAUCCACAUCGCGGACACCAAGGUCUCCAGGCGCUAUGGGGAUUUCUUCAUCCGUCGGAUCCAAAAAUUGGAGGAGCUUAAUCGAACCCUGAAGAAGAUGGGACAGAGACCCUGACGACAUUCACACACAUUA